AUGGCGGAACCUGCUGGAAAACGUACAGACAGCAACCUGACUGAAUCGGGCGAUUCAACUGACGAGAAACUUGUGGAAGGUAUCAUGGCGCUACUAUCACCAAUAGUUCAGGAAAUGGAUACGUCCAUCGUAUCAGUCAAGUCAAGCCAGGAGGCGCUAAGCAAGGAAAUAGAACGAUUGUUAGCAGAACUUCAAUUAUUUGCAGAGGCUUCGGAACCCUCGCCUAUACAGCCAUCAGUUCAGAAACUAAUGAAUGCACGAAAGCGUCUCACAGCAACCAACCAAACUCUCAAGACUGUUAGCGACCGUAUCAAAAAGAUAUACACACAGCUCAAUAAGGAAAAUCCCACGGUCUAG